AAUGGCGAGCCAUAACGGAAUUGAUGGAUCGGAGCGUGUGGUCUACGAAAGAGAACGAGUUCUGUGGACACGUGAACUGAUGUUUAAAGUCAUUGAUGCUAUGCAGGAGGAACCACUGCUGUGGAACACCAAGCACGUGCACUUUAAACAUCGUUCCAAGAAGAAUGCAGCGUUGAAACGAGUUGCUGCCCAGCUGCAGCUACCAACGGAAGCGGUGCGCCAAAAAUGGGAUGUGCUGAAAAGUUCAUACCAUAAAAACCGCCGAGCGCUAGAAAGCCAGCCGGCAAGUACGAUACGAUGGUUUGCCUUCGACAGGCUAUCGUUUUUGGCUCCUGCUGGAGAGGUUUCCGGAGCCUCGGAUGUAACGGACAUCUCAACAAACAGUGAGAACAUGGAAGCAACAUACAUGGGAUCACAAACGCUGGCGGAAUCAUCAUCAGAAAGAGGUACGGCCAUCCCACCCACGGCACAGGAAACAUCUCGGCCAAAUAAUCUUUCCGGCGGGGAAAUUUUGGAAAGGCUCCUGAAGGUGAUCGAAGAGGGGUUAAAGAGAGAUAACAACCCUACGUGGUCCGAUAUCCUGGGGUCGUACGUCUCCAUGGCGGUGAAGAAUGCUGGUAAUCGGCCAGAUACCGAAAUGCGGCGGCUGUAUAAGGAGAUCAUCCGUCUGAUGGAGAAGUUUCAGGAUGGCGGGCUGGCAGAUAUGGGGCCAUGACCCUCAGCCAUCAGCAGUCAUCCGCUAUUUGAGUGAAUACCCAAGGAGCCACGAUCUGU